CGGGCAACGACGUCGGGCGUCGCCGUUGCGUCGAUAUGCGCGACCGUUUCUCGGCGCGUCGCCACGUCGCCGAGAAGUACUACGAUUGCCUGCAGUGCGCCGAGCAGUGCCGUCACGCGGACAGCAACAGCAAUGCAGCGGCCAACGGCAGGAGCAACGGCUACAACAACAACAACAACGGCAAGAACAACAGCGACGGUCUGCGGAUUCGCGAUGAUCAUCUAGGGGACGAGCUGUACCUCGACGAGGAGGCCGCGUCGUCGCCGAUGCAGCUCAGGAGAAUUCGCAGCCCGAGAAGUAGCACGAGCAGCAAGUCCCUGAUGAGGCAUCAUCAGUCCGGGCACCUUACGCCGGUCAAGAAGAGGUCCUCGCUGGCCCGACCGGUUCGCGUUCACGACUCCUUCGUGCAGCCCAGGCGCCCGAUGGCCGAGGAGGACAGUCCAUAUCCGCAGGAUCAGCAGCAGCAGCAGCAGCAGCAGCAGACGAGCAGCUCGUGCAAGAACCCGUGGUGGUGGGAGCGUCGAGAUCACCAGGAGCCUAACACGUCGAGCUACACCUAUCACCGGGACACGGAGGACGGGAGCGCCGGUUGGCCUAUUCGCCUGCGGCUCGAGCAGAUGCUCGAGCUGACGCUGCCGCAGACCAAGCGCAAGAAGAAGAAAAAAAAGAAGAAGAAAACGACGGCGACGGCGACGGCGACGAUGAUGCUGAUGAAGCAGCAGCAGCGCGGCAAGCACGGCUUCAAGGAUACCGAGAGGCUCCUCAAGGUACUCAGCAUUAACAAUGUGGACCAAGAUAAUAGGUACAACGUCAAACGAUGUUCCGUCAUGUAGAGAUUAGCGGUAAAAGAGAAGCGGAGAGAAAGGGAGAGGAGAAAAGGAAAGAGGAACAAGCAAAAAAAAAUAAAUUAAAAUAAGCGUGUAACAGACUUCUUAAAGAAAACCACCGUAGGACUCUGAUACGCUCGUAUCCGGAGAAUCCUGCUUUCGGGCGUUACUCGCGGCCCCGAGUGGAGCCGCGAAGAUCGAGGCUCCCCGUGUGCUCGCACUUGAUAAUUUCUCGGUAAGUUUUUUUUUUUGUUUUUGUUUCAUUUGAAGUCUCUCUCUGUUUCAGUUAAGUAGAACAGUGGGGAGAAACAAAAAGGUCGCAGCGCGACAGAAAUACUUACCCGUUGUUGCAUUUAUCUUCGUGUCUCUUGUUUAUCUACGCAAUUUUUCUCACGCGUAAUGAAGUUCUCGUUUUUAUUCCUCGUUUUAAUUAACUUUUACCGUCAUAGACGGUAAGUCCACUUUUGCAGUAAACACAGGUAAACACUUGUGUGUCAGAAGGAAAGGAAUUCUGGAUUCAUUUCAGUUUCCUUGUUUCUCUAGUUAUAAUUCGCAAUUUGUUUCAAUUUCUCAAGUGUCGUUAAGGAUAAGUAUUGAUAAUAAGAAAACGUUUAUUCCGAAGCGACGCCAUUCGCGGCCGCGAUAACGCGCAAAGCACUUAGUGAACAGAAGCCGUUUUCCGUUUUUCGUUCUUCCCUUUUCUCGGUUUAGAGGUAGAUAUUAUCCUCCUUUCUAGCUGCGCAUCCGACCCGCCGCGCCGCUCCGGCAUCUCCGUGAGCCAAUAUCACCUUUAUUGCUUUGACCGAACAUUUUUACUUUUAUAGAACGAAGUGGUCAGUGUGUCUCGCGACCCGAAAAAGAAAGCUUAUAUAGCAGCGUUCCCCGUCAUUAUUACCGCGUUUGCAGUGUGAGAAUGUAUUCGCGUCGUCGCUUGAUUUUAGAAGUCGAAUUGUCCAUUCUAUCUCUAUAUACGCAAAUCGUACCUACGAGAUCGCGCGGAGCGCCAAUUAAUCGUUCGCACCCGCAUUCGUUCGCCCGCGAGAGCGAACCGAAGUUUGAAGCCGAGGAGACGGAGAGGAAAGAGAGAAAGUAUAAUACCAAUUUUUUCAUUCCACUAAACUGCCUGGGAUCAUCGCGGACGCUAAAAUCGCGAGCUCCUCCCAAGUUUCGUGCGGCACAGCACCACUCCGAAUUAUUUUUUAUAUAUCGAGAGGAACACCAAAACGGUAUAUCUACAACGUGUGUCGAUGCGCGAAAGUUGAAGUAUUCGCUUUGCGAAUCGCUCCGUUUGCGAUUGGAGAAACGAGUGGAUGAAGGAAGUACAUCACAACCGCGAUGUAGGGAGAAAGUAGUAGCUUCGAGGAAGUAAAGUUCCAAACGCGGAGUUUCCUACGUUGGUGCUCUUUAGUCGUUUCACGUUUUUGUUUUAAAACGAAUUUAAAAUACUUUAUGUUUCUGCUAAUUAUCGAUUCUAUAUAACCUGAUUGAUUUAACUUUUAGUCGAUCGCGUUAUUAAAUUAAUAACGAAUGUGAGUUUGUAUUCGUAAAAACGAAUAAGAUUUCGUGAUAUAUUUCCUGCGUUCUCUCAGCUCUUCGAGUUGUCUCGUUAACGGCGAUCGUCCAGAGGAGAGCAGCACACAAGUACCUACAAGCAACGGAUAUAUAUAUAUGUAUGUGUAUAUGUAUAUGUAUAUGUAUAUGUAUACGUAUAUAUAUAUAAACAUAUAAUAUACACGCGUAAUCCAAGUGCCAUAUUGCGUCGCGGCAGCAUUGAAGCCUGUAAAACCUAAGCAUUUGAAUGAAUACGUUCCAGUAUUAAGUGACACAACAAACAAACAAGGUGUGUGUAUGUGUGCGCAUGUGUGUGUAUGUGUAUGUAAGAUUCGACGUAAUUCGUGAUACGCGAUGAUUCGAGAUACGCACCUCCCCCUCGUCGUGUCGUAGGCGCAACCCGCACGCAUGUAUAAAUAAAAAUAGAAUAAAGCGAACCCUUCCUCUGUCCGCGAGCGAACGUCACGAGGGAGAAGAAGAGUCCGGUUCGCGCGUUGAGCUCACUGCGCGUUAAAACGUCGUACGAUCCAAACGAAACGAUGAUAGGUGAGCGCGGUGCUAAUCUUGAUCGGAUUCUUCACUAAUUUACAAUCGUCAAAGGACGAAACCAAAAGAUCUUUUUCGAUAUUUACAACUUAAUUUGUUUUCUAGUUGCUAAUUUGCAUUUCUUAUUCGCGACUCUCUGCGUUAUUCAAGGAGUGCAUUUAGGGAGCAUUUAUGGGAGUUCGACAUGCGCGCGGAUAAUCGUAGACCUAGAGGUGUCAAGCGAAAUUAGGUACACUCGGAUACCGCGUUUCGUUAUAUAUCAUUAUAUAUAUAUAUAUAUUGCAAUGUAUUCUCACGAGUGCGCCCUUCCUUCGUUAACACUGUCGGAUUAUCAGCUAUAGUAGAGACGUAAAAGCUAUUGCAGAGCUACCGCUCCCAGUAUUUUGUAAAAGGUAAGAAGUACGUAUUUACGCGUUUACGCUACGCAUCCACCGCACCGGGCGUUCAGCGUGAUCAGGAGCAGAUCGCGAUAAAUUUUGCGAUAAGACGAUUAGAUUUACCGGCGGCUCACCGUGUGCGUAUCUUAAUUUUUUUUUUCUUCUUUUUUUUCCGUUCACGGUUUCACUGUGCCGAGAGAUAGGAGAGGAGGGUUUUUGACUCGAACCGGCGUGAGAAUGGCUGCGGAUUUAUUAACUGUAUCCGGUUUGACGUAAUCCUCGAUGUUGGAUAUGUUAACGAGUCUAUAGUCCGUUUACAGAUGAACCUUUAUUAUACACCUGUGCAAAUGUAUCGUUUGGCCGGAAAAAUAGACUGCACGAAAAAAUAUAUAUAUAUUAUCUAUAUGAAAAGGUA